CAGUAUAAGCUGUAAAUUUUUUCAGUACGACAUCACGCCUUCAGUCAUACGCAGUCCUGCCUAUGAGUGCAAUAGCGCUUCUUAAGUCAAGUGAGUCAUACCUACUAAACUACCUGUAUCUCCAUCUAAGUCUGGUGCCUUGUUGGCGAAAAAUUGCUUUCAUCCGAUCGAUUACAGUCGGCUAUUGGAACCCAGAGUCUAGUGAAAAAUGAAAAGAAAAAAGGCCAAAAUGUGUACUGAUGAGCACGAAGUGAUUCUUCCUUCUAUAAUGGAAGAGUUGUCGGAGCACAUAAAAAAGGGCCUAGAAAUUUCUCCCUACUUGUCGGCCAUUCAGCAGCUGAACGGCAACACUCCGGGUGAAAAGUACAAGGAGCUGAACGAAAUGGUCCAACGCAUAGUACAGAGAGAACCCUCGGGUAGAGAUACGAUGGAAAACGUCCCACCGGCUUUAGCGCCGUUGGUGAAAAUCCUCGUUGGCAAUGCCACAAGGUCGGAGAGCGCUGUGAUCGAAGCCCUCAAGUCCGAGGACAUAACGAUUUUCAAUCAAGCAUUGCAGUGCAAGUGGUUCUUCAAAGGCCCGAGCGCCGAUGUGAAUUUGAUUGUCCGCGCCAUUUUACCCCAAGUGUCCCGUCACGCUCGGUUUCACAUAUUGAAAGCGAUGACGCAAAGUCUGAUCGGCAAAGAAAAACGGGCCGAGGAGUUUUUCACGGCCAUUCAAGAGGGCUACAGUUACGAGGAAGCGGUGCCUUUCGUACCGUUGUGCGGGGAGGAUUUCAUCAAGUCGGAAAUGUUGAAGGGCAAGUUGAUCAUAAGCAGCAACCUGCUCCUCCAGUUUUACCAACGCCACCCAAACAUGGUGAUGGGCUUGCUGAAGAGCUUUAUCGAUUUCAAAAAAUCGGGGGAUGACCCAAGUCACUUCUUUCACCCGAUAAAAUUCUUUUCCAACGACUUCUUUCGCUUCCUCAAGAUUUUGAUUCGCCAUCGCGUCAAGGAUUUCGUGCAACUCUUGCAGGAUCAUUCUAAACACGAAGGCUUACCUAAGUCCGGUUUGAUGAAACUCGGGGGCACAGUCACGAAGCUAUUUUUCAAAAGUGCAAGCCAAGCCGUUGUCGAUGAUCCUGAGCUGUACCUGCGGCUGUGGCCCAUGAAAGUCAUUGGCAAAAAGAUCAGAAAAUCCCAGUUCGAAGCAAUGUUCAUGAAUCUGCUUCCAGCCGAUCGGAAAGAUUUCAAUUACCCAAAACUGUUGAAUUAUUUGAAGUAUUAUCCGACAGAGGAGCGAUUGGGGUUGAUCUCUGGACAGUUCAAGUCGAAGUACGGGAUCGAAUUGUUUAGUGACACGACGAGCAUCGAACGUGGAGAUCUCGAGAUAGUUUACGAGGUACUGCCGGUGGAAGAGUUUGAAAAGUUGCUCCCAAAGUAUCUUCCUGGUUGUGCGGAUAAUAUUUGGAUACUCGAGGCAUUAAAGUUGUUUGAUCAUAUAAAAUACCCGAAAGAAAAGCGCUUGAGUCUCCUGCUGCAAGCAUUUCGUGCAAAAUACAAGAAAGAUUUGUAUGAUAGUAUUGAUGAGCCUUACAUAAAAACCCCGGAGUUUGGGUCAUUGUUAAAAUUGAUGCCGGCACAGGACAAGAUCAGGUAUGCGAAGAAAUUGAUCACACUUACCAAAGAGUUUUCCGAAGAAUAUUACGACUGGUACAGCUACUUGCCGCCGUCCGAAACUUUUUCGGUAUUUACGGACCUCGUCUACAAGUCUUCGCGUUCCAGUGAUAGAUGCACGUGGAUAAAACAUAUGUUGCACUCGGUUGGGUUUUACGAGGAUAAAGAAAAUUUGCUCAAGCUCCUGCGAUAUUACAAUGAACACCACAAAAAUGAAAAAAUCGACAUUUUGGGCUCGGUGCUUUGCUACUUGAGCGAACAAUUUAACCUGAAAACUCUCGACAGAGCCAAUUGGAAUGAACUUUGGAAAAUGAUGCAGAGAGCCCACACCAACCAUGAACUUGGUAAAUUGAAUAUCUUGCAAAUCAAACCAUUUCUGCGAUCCACCGUGUACCACCUCAUGAUCCAGAGCACUACCGAUCACGGAAUCAUGAGCGAAGAGGGUGAAAAAAUUCUCAACCUAAUAUUAGAAAUGACAAUCGACUACAACUUAAACUCCACCAAUAAAUUAUGGAUUUUGAUUAAAAAAAACAAAUUUCAAGGACUGUGCUUCGACAAGAUGCUCAAAUUGAUGUCGACGAAGUAUCCGAGGGAUCAUUGCAUAUGGGAACAGAUGGCAAGAUUCAGGGAAAAAAAUAAGGCAAUCGUGAGCCUAUUAAGAGACGUUGUUCUCUUCAACGAUAAAGGCCGCGAGGCGGUUAAAAAAUCGAUCAUCAAAGAGAAAGAUCUUGUGGAGAUACGCGCGACUGAUUAUCCUUGGUUUGCCAACAUGAUAAAAGAGGCAGUGCACACAGUGGAUGAAGAAAUGGAUGGCGCUGGCUUGCGAGAUUUGCGGGAGUUGUUGUCCAAAAACGACGAAGGUCUGCUCAGGGAUUGUUUCCCAAAACCGAGUACGGACGAGUUGGAACCAGUCACGGGAUGGCUUUGGUUGAAAAAAAAUCCUGAAAUGAUUUUUAAUAAUUUGACAAGCUACCUCGACACCUGCCGAUUAAAAUUGCACUCCAACUCGAAGCGCGGGGCCACGGCUGCCAGACGCUUUCUCCUCAGCACUAGAUGGCACAGGGACCUUCCACGAAAAAUCAUCGAGAUCUGCUUGCAAGACAUUCAAGGAGACAACGUCAUGAAGAUUCUGGCAAUUAUGCUGGAAAGGGAUGUUUUUGACCAGCUGGUGGCCCCUUUCAGACCCAAAAGGCUUUCGAUCGGCCCCUCGAUAUGCGCCAGCCAUGCAAAGACCUACCACACGCUCGUCAAAACAAUACUACCAGCUAUGAAUUUAACAAACCCACCAGUAUCGUUCCACAGCAUAUCCUACUUUUUCCAAGGGGAUUACGUUCAAAUGGCCAUUCAGACGUACAGCCAUGUGGUCCGACGAGCUGCCAAAUCUAAAAUGAUAGCUUUUGCGAUGGAAUUAACGGAUGAAUCAGUUUCAAUGAGGAAGCAUAGGAUCAAGAUUUUCUGUAACGUGGCAGUGCCGAACGAGAUCAAAGAGUUGAUACGGAAAUUGUGGAUGCAGGAGUCUAACGUAUCGAUGCGAGAAUCAAUUGUGUCGGUAUUGAAAGAAAGGCUCGUAAAAUCACCUUCCGACAUUAACUGGAGACUCAUGGAAUUUUGUAUGGAUCAUCUAAAUGCCAACGAUCAAGUUCCAAUGGCAUUAAUUUGUGACAUGGACAUUUUAAAAAAUCGAGCUAAGAAAUUUCAAUAUGCAUCUCAGUACAUUUCGAAAAUCUUGGCCAAAAUUGAAAGCUUUUCCGAGGAAGAUUUACAACCAAUUGUCAAAUCAAAGCUUAUAAGCAGUCUUUUGAGUACCAUUCGUUACAACAUAGUUGAAUAUAUGAACGAGGACUUGAUUAUUAAUAUACUGGACAAAUACUACUUUGAAGAAAAUUCAGAAGAUGUCUUGAGAGCUGUCAUAAUUUUAGUAUUUUAUGUGUUCUCUGAAUAUUUUAUAUCAUCGACCAAGGAAUCUCAAUAAUUUAAUAAACAACA